UAGGCGAUAGGAAACUACACCCCCCAAGAUUCCCCGUGGUUUAAAUGACCUAGUUUCUGCAGCUUUGAUCCAAGAAGUACUUGGCUCACUCUUUAUUAUUAUUAUUUUUUUUUUUAAAUUGACAUUCAUUUCAUAAACAGAUAACCAUUGCUUCUGCAUCAUGACGGCUAAUGUAGCUUACCCACCUUUUCAACUGGGUAAGGCCCGGUACGAUCAGACCACGUUUUCCGGCAGGCUACGACACUACAUGGAUAUCAUUGACCCACGGAUGCUCUUUGUAACAGAGAGCCAUUUGAAGGAAUCUCAGAAGCUGCUUGAUGAUUUUAAACAUGGAAGUCUACCCCCAGGAGUUUCGGAUAAGCAGCUCUGGGAAGCCCAGAAGAUCAAGCAGGCUAUCAUCCACCCGGAUACCCAGGAGAAGAUAUUCAUGCCAUUUCGAAUGUCGGGUUAUGUGCCUUUUGGGACACCAAUAGUCAUUGGCCUCCUUCUGCCCAAUCAAACGCUGGUCUCCACUGUGUUCUGGCAGUGGUUGAACCAGAGUCACAACGCAUGUGUCAACUAUGCAAACAAGAAUGCCACCAAGCCCACCCCAGUGACCAAGUUUUUUCAGGGAUAUCUCGGCGCCAUUACCAGCGCCGUCUCAAUAGCAGUGGGACUGAAUUUGCUGAUCCAGAAAGCCAACAAGUUCAGCCCUGCAACUCGGGUUUUGAUCCAGAGGUUUGUGCCCUUCCCUGCUGUUGCCAGUGCCAAUAUCUGUAACGUGGUCCUGAUGAGGCACAAUGAGUUAACAGAGGGAAUUGAUGUGCUGGACUCCAGCGGAAACGUCAUGGGCUCUUCCAGAGUAGCUGCUAAACAUGCACUAAUGGAGACAGCUCUGACUCGAGUCGUCCUUCCCAUGCCUAUCCUGGUGUUGCCUCCCAUCAUCAUGUCGUUUCUGGAGAAGCUGCCUCUGCUCCAGGUACGGAGGAGGCUGGUCCUCCCGGUCCACAGCCUUGUGUGCCUCGCCGCCUUUGGACUUGCUCUGCCCCUCUCCAUCAGCCUCUUCCCUCAGAUGUCAGAGAUUGAGGUGUCCGCACUGGAGCCUGAGAUCGCCGCGGUAACCAACAACAAGACGGUCAUUUACAACAAGGGUCUGUAACUAGGCAGUGGGCAGUAACAGGAAUCUGCCAAUCAACAUCAGGCUACCAGCUACCCGCCACUGAACUCAGAAAAGAGGAUCCAAACCCAAACACUGAAAUGAUUCUGAAUAGUAUUAGGUUUAGAUUUUUUUGUUUCUUGUUUCAUCACUGUUAGACAAUAGGCUUAACAACUUACAUGGCACUAAGCACUUUCUGAAUGCACAGUCUAAUAUAGUUUGUGUUCUAGACCAAGAGUUGACUAACUUACAAGAACACUCCCAUGUGAACUAUGCAAUUAUAGCAUACAGAGCUACUUUCAUAGGUGAUAAUAAUAGUCAUACAUUCUUAGAUUCAAGUACACACUCACACAGACAGCUAAAACUAGUGGCAAUCUCAAAAAAGCUUCAAUGUGAUCGUGAGUAAAUAAUGGAUAGGUUAGUGAGUUUAAAAGGACAACGGUCUAUAAAAUGUGUCAAAAAUGAAAUAUUUACUGUGGAAGUAGUAUUUGAAUAUUUUAACAGGGAUAUUGCAUAGCAGUUUCACGUAGUCCAGGUUUUAAUAUGUGCUUGAUUAGCCCAGUGUAUAACAAGCUCAGGUGUGUCAUAUUAAACUCAUACUAAAACUAGGAAUGGAACAAACUGCUAUGCAAUAAGUCUUUUUGCCAUCUGUUUUAAUAUUUAUAAUGCUAAAACAUCAUAGAUGGAAAUUGAUAAAAAAAAAAAAAUUACAAAAUAAGAAAAAUGACCAAAACAAAUCAGCAAAAAUCCACAAGUGGGCCUACAUAGGAUUUGACAAAAUAAGAAAGUGUCACUCAGCAAGUUUCUUUCUGCAAAUGCACUCUAUGGUAGUUCCAUUAAUGGUGAAGUUAGAGUUCUGGACUCCACAGAGUAUUCCCUUAAGUAAGUUGUGCUGGACCUUCAGGAUCGUUGAGUCGGUGAAAUAACGAGACACAGUUUCAGCAAUCAGUUGAAUUUAUUCACCGGAAUGAAGGCUACACAUAGUGUCUUUCUAGUGGCUGUCUUCUGAGUACUUACCAUAGCGAGUAUACAUACAGGCAGGAGUAAAGUAUAACUAGCAACAUAGCUUAAGGUUUAAAAACAAACGUAGUAAGCAGUAGUAAAGUAAAAUAACAAGAGUGCACGUACUCUGUUACUAGAAGUUAGCCGCCAUUUCCCCUCCUUUCACGAUGUUUUGACUACAGAGGCUAGCUACAAGGGUCAGAAAGUGGCUACGCAUAAUAGAAAUAUAUUUCAGUGCAAGGUGUAGCAGUUCUUUAUAUUUUUCCAUCAUAAAUAUUUCAUUUUUGGCUGCUCUAUCUUUUUAGACUUGUAUCCUUUGCUAUAAGUAUGCUGGAAUCCACACCAUAAGAAAUUAAUUCUACAGAUACACCGUAUCUCUUUGGUUUCCUGUGUGAUACACACUUGCAGACAUAUGGUCAGACAGCAGCCUAGAAAUAGCUCACAGGCCAGUAAAACCUGAGCCAAAGGAAACUACCAGGAAAAUGAAACUGACCACAUAUGUCACUAUUGUAUAGUUCUGCACCAAGAGGUUUGUUUCCGAUCAUAAGUGGCACAGACCCUCCCUGUACAGUGCUGUUGCCUCUGUUGCUCCACUCGUAAUUCUUCAUUUCCAUGCACCUCUCAACCCGGGUUCAAAACCCUGCUGCCCCUGAUAUUGUGUUUCCAUGUUAAUUUAGCCAACCUGCUAAUCCAAGCUGCCCCUGACUGACCAAUCAAGUGACAAGUGGGUGUAAACAUUUAAUCCACACCUGGGGUGAACAGGUUUCUCUGUGCUUUAAUAUUCUUGUAUUUUUUUAAAAAAUAAUUUAGCAACAAGAACCUCAAAAGAAUUGUUAGGAUUGUCAGAAGCAAAGCAAUAUCAUCCAACCUUUUGGUUUUAAAACAAAUGAAUGCGACUUUAGCCACAAGUCAUGCUGGGAAACAAAUGGCACCAUCCGUCGAAAACUCGUAUUGCAUGGAAAUUGAGUUUUCACUCAAUUAGGUGAACUAGGGUAGGCUGUCAGUGGGGUUUAAGGAGCAAUGCGGGAGAAACCGGAUCAGCUUGGAUUGGUGCUUUAUCUGUGCUCAUGGAAACGAGGUGUAACAGUCACUUGAGAAAGAUGAUUGCCAUUGAAGAAGUGCAGUGAAGGAAGAGACUUGCCGGACCCCUAAUAGCAAGCACUGGAAAGUACAGCUAACCUGUGAAUCAGUCUUAAUGUCCAAGAAUUCACUACAUUUGCAACAAGGUGUCUUUCUAGUGUUGCAUAACGUAACACUCUACACUAAACCUCACCUACAUGAAUCAACACUGAGCUGAAGAGUGGCCGAAUAUACUUCUGGCAGGAACAGUUUAAACUCUGAAAAAUACCUGUGAUGCAGUCAUCCUGGACAGUUUUGUAAUUAUUAUUAUUAUUAUUUAAUUUGAAGAAUAUACUUGCAUGAAAUUCAGUAGAAAUUUGAAUUUUGGUAGACUGGUUGUUUUCAGAUAUGGAGUCAACAUGGAUGAAUUAAUUGGUUGUUUGCAACUGUUUAUGCAUAGAUUUCUUCUCAUGUCUUUCAAACUUGAGUAACACUUUACAUCGUGUCUCUAAUUACUAUGUAUUUAUAUAGUAGUUACUAAGUAAAUACAUGUGUACUUAAACAUAAUUACAAUGUUAUUAUGCAGCGUUACAAUGUACUUAAUGUAUAAAUAUUUUUGCACACUAUAUGUAACUACACAAUUGUUUCAGAAAAGGGUUAGGGUUAUAUUGUGCAAAACACAAGUACAUUGUAACUGUGUAGUUAUGUGUAAGUACACAUGUAUUUACUAAGUGACUGCUAUGUAAAUACACAGUAAUUAGAGACACUUAAUGUAAAGUGUUACCCAAACUUGCAUUUGCUGUUUGGGUUUAGUUGCUCUCUUUACUACAAAUCAGCAUUGGCAAUAAAUAUAUAUAUA